GCAGCCGCCAGUUGAGCAUCGCGGAAUAGUCUUCCUUGUCGUACGGACGUCGCGAGACUUGUUUGACUUGUUUUUCUUCUUUCCUUUUUGGUGUUGUUGCAGUUACAUUUAUUUCUGUUGUUUCAAUUCAAACAACAAACGCUUUGACCUCUCUCCAUCGCCAGCGAACGAAACGGGUUAGCUCAGCGACAGACCGGGCGGGGUGCAAUUUGUGGAUGAUUAUCUUCACUCGUGAGAAAGGAUUUUUUAUUUUUAGUUAUAGUCUAGUGGUAAUCGAUACACUAUCGAUCAAAGCCUGUGCCUUGCGCGGAUCGGGUUGUGUUACGUGCCAACAUAAUUUGCAACUUUAAAGAAGUGAAGACUGUCGAAGCGAGGGAUCAAAGUAGGCGCGCGGGUGGCAGUGUUGUUUCAGAUUCAAACUGGAAAACUAGAUUGAUGAUUGCGGUGGCGGCGAAAGUCGACGGAAGAAAGUGUCGCACUGCGCCAACUGUGUAGUUGACAGCAGUGAGCUUUAUUUUUUUUUUCGUGAAUGAUUUGAAUAAUUGACGCGCGUGUACGGAGGAGGAGUAUGUGUGAAAUAUUUAGUGAGAGCUGCGGAUGUUUUCGAUUUUUAGCAGCAGGAAUUUUUCCGGUGGUUUCUUCGAGGUGGAAGCAAUCUGUUUGAAAUAAAUUUUAUGCGAGGUAUUUUCCCCAAACGGCGACGAAGCAGUGUUUCCAAAGAUAGUUUCUCUGGUGGGGACGAGGCAUAGAGAGCAGAGACGGGCAGCAAAACUACUCACGACGACAAGAGGAAAGCAGGCAUCCGGUCACGAAAGUUGAAGAACCUAACCAAAAUAACCUCCGUACGAGCAAAGUGGAGGAAAACUACGCACGUAUGCGUACGCCCACAAACCUAAUAUCAAAAGUUCGGCCGAGACCGAAUAGAGAAGAAGAGAGCAGCUCAAAAUUUGUUUACAAAUACGUACGCCCAUCAUCAGGAACCGAACAAGUCUGGAAGAAAACGCAAGUGAAGAAUAAUAACCUUUUUCUUCGUUUGUUUGGAAUAAAACAUUGUAAGUUACGCGCGAAGCGAGAACGUUAAACUUCCGGAUCCAAGUCGACGUGACACAAAGUGCGUGACAGCACCACACCGGGUUGCUUUGAUUUGACCGUCAAAUAUGGCCGCCGUCAGCUCCGAAAAGUCAGUGGCAUCGAGUAUGGACAGUGUCUAGUGGCGGAAAAUUUCUGCGGAGGAAAAAAAAAGUGAAAACCAGACGCAACGAAUCUUGGCAGGGCAUUUGGCGCUCGAGAACCAAACAAAUCUAGACCAUGCCACCUUGGAUCGACCCGAUGGAGCAGCACAGAUCCACACGAUACCGGCCCUGCGGCAGUAGCGGCUGGUCCUUCCGAUCAGUCAUGUACAGUAGUAGUAUCGAGAGCGGUAGUGUUACAAGCAGUAGUUCCGUAAGCCCACUAUUAGGAUUAAGAUCGUCGGGGUGUAGACUAAGAUGGGUGAUUGUGGUGGUGACCUUGUUGACAGUAUUAUCCACCGCCGAGGCGGUGUGCGAUCCAGGUUGGUGGUGGAAUCUGGAGCGAGAAGCUUGCGUUCCCUGUACGGUUUGUAGUGAGCAGAAGCUGGUCCUGCGGCCAUGUCAGGAGUACAUGGACACGGUCUGCGGGACGAUAGGAGAUUUGGACAUGGAUCUGGCGCAGCUGUCCCGCACCGAAGCGCGGCACGAACAGCGCCACUCGAAAGAGGAACGCCGGAAAGAUGGUCACGACGGCCACCACCAGCAGCAUGGUCAGCAGCACCAUUCGGCACAGCAUUCGCAGGUGUCCGGUCCCAGGAAGCACGAAAACACCGAAGAAAUUCUGUGGGACUGGCAGGCGGCCUCGCUGCUGCUGGCCAUCAUCGGGUGUCUGAUGUUCUUCUUCGCCGCUGCCCUCAUUGCGCUCAACCAGACGCGCCAAUGGAGGCGAAUCGAGAAGCACUUUGACGCGGACAUGGAAGCCCUCUCGGCGCAGUUGAUGAACCAUCUGUCCAGCAUGCAGCAGCUCGAGGACGGUUCGAUCUUCCUGGACGAUGUGAUUGGGGUGGGUGGUGGUGCAGAUCAUCGACGGUUUCGCUCCGGAGGAGGAGCGGGAGGAGGAGGCGGUGGCAGUGGCAGUACCAGUGCCCUGCUCGGAGGACAUCACCACCAUCAUCACCACCAUCCGAUCGAGGUGCGGUGCGUCUACUUGGAUCAGUUGCUCGAUAACAAAAAUUGCAUCCAAAGCCAGGGACCGGGCAAUUUGUACAUCGAAGAGACGAACAACGCGGACCGGGGACCGGCAGCAGCGCCCUGUUCCCAUGGAACCGGAUCGCCGCAGAACCGAGGUCGAAUGUAUUAGCAUGAUCAAUUGACUAUUGUUUUUUGUUUUGCUCGAAUUUUGGAAAGCACACCAACAGAUGAAAACAAAUAAGUAUUCUAUCAACUACCUGUCGAAGUGUAAAGGCGCCAACUGUUUUUCUUACUCGUUUUUUUAGUAGGUUUUAGUUCAGGUUAAAACAGAGAGUUUAAAAGAGGAAUAGUAACUAUCGGUUGUACAGUUGUGUAGCAAUUAGAAAGUGCCUUGUUUCAGAGGGAACACUAACCAAUUCUAGCGAUUAGAGAUGCGACUGCACUAAAAACAAAAACUCCACGGAGGAACCGGGCCGAAAGCUUUGAGUGUAAAUAUAUUUUUUGUAGGUUUUUUGGCAGCACUGCUAUAAUAUUAAUUAAAAAAAAAAAACUGCAACGACGUGGAUUCUAGGAAUGCACAAUGGAACUUAAAAUAGAAACACGCGCACGCCUGCUUUGCCCAGUCAAAGUGAAGUAAUCGAAGCAAUAAAUUCUCUCUAUUUCGAAUCAAAGCAUGCUUUGGUGUAA